UUUUUUUAAUCUGUGGUCUCACAACUUCCUGUAGACUUCCUGGUCAACCAAUGUCUAUGUGUAAAUCGAUUGAAAUGGCUAAUAUAAGCAUAUUUCUAAGAUUUCGGAUAGUUUUUCUUAUUUUGUCAGAUGGCAAACUGUGAAAGCAGGAGGGCAUCUCUAUUGACCGUCCAAGCCGAUUGCUGUACUUUGUAAAAAAUUAUGGAUAAUCGUUGUUAUUGUUGUGCAUCGAAGUUCACUCUCUUCAGGAAAGAGUUGGGCUGUAAAAACUGCGGCCAUUCCUUUUGUUCCAGUUGUCUGACUUUCAAUGUAGUGGUGCCUCAAUGUGGUAACACCCAGCAGAAGGUCUGCAAGCAAUGUCAUGGGAAUCUCACAAGUGGAGAAAACCAAAACAAUGCAGCUAGAUGGUCUCCUCCAGAAAACUACAAAAAGCGUAUUGCUGCUCUUGAGGCCAAACAAGGACAACCAACACCCCCUGGACCAGGAGGCAGCAGAAAUACCAAACAAGGUCUCAUUCCAACCCGAGGUCUGAGUAAAGAGGACUUGGCCAUUGCAGAGAGGCUGCAAAAACUAAAAGAGGACACCAAACCAAAGUCCAUCCCAUCUGAAAAAGAGAUUGAAUCCCGCUUGGCUGCACUCAAGGCUCCCAUCCAGGAUGUGCCCUCUGCAAGGGAAAUGGAGGAGCGCCUGGCAGCCUUGCAGGGAAGAAAACCUCCGUGCCACGCCUCGGUACCUGUGCACCAGCCCCCUGAUGUUCGGACCCAAACCGAACAAGCCAACGAUCUGAUCACUCAACUGUCGGAGGAAGUUGCUAUAGACACCCAACAACCAACUCCAGAGGGUGUGGAUGGCCCAUUGAACGACUUGAACAAGCAGGAGGGGGACAGGCUGGAAGAUAACCUGGAGAAUGGCCUGCAUGACGUAGCCAGGCAGUUGGAGCACCAAAAAAGCUGUCUGCUGGCCGAAGCCAUGGAUGAGCUGAGGAAGGACCGCUGCUCCCAAGAACAGAUCCUACAGAUGGCCAAGAGGCUGGCUCAGCUCAAGGGACAGGAUCCUGACAAGGUCACUAUGGAAGACUUCCAACACCCUGACAGUGAGGAUGAGACUGAUGAAGAGGCCAUUACAAGGAUAAUGAAAAAGUUCACCGAAGAAGCAGCAUUGGAUGAGGCCAGUGGCUACAACAUACCUCCGGAGCACAGGGGCCCUAGGAACAUAGAAAAGACGGCCUCUCACAAGAAACCCACACCAGCUCCUUCAACGUGGCAGAGGGCCCCGGCGGCUGUCCUCACCAGUCAGGCUCCAGACAGUGAUGAGGAUGAGCUUCCCUGGUGUUGCAUCUGUAAUGGGGACGCCUCCAUCCGCUGUCACACUUGUGAUGGGGAUCUGUUCUGCAAGCGCUGCUUCAGGGAGGGCCAUGAUGAGUAUGACAGGAAAGAGCACCAAACAGCGAAUUACAAGGCACCCAAGAAAACCACAAAGAAGAAGUGAUACUGCACGCUGACCUGGAACCACUUAUACCCCUGACAGACGUGUACUGUACCUUUAAGAGUAGAACAUUUUUGUGGUAUUCUGCAGGAAGGCUAAGCAAAGGCUGGUCCAGACACUACUACCUAUCUUACAAAUGUAUCUAAUGUUAUACUGUAGAUUGAUUCAAAGUGAUUUUUAAGGUGGUAGAAUUGUGUGAUUGUAGAAAUAUAAUUAAAUGCUUAUUCAAGAACUACAGAAUACCUAUUGUAAAUUAACAUUGUAGGCUAUAUCUGUAAACCAGUCAUUAAUAUGUGGAGUAUUACUCAUAAUGUCAUAUACCCCAUUUUAGAGCAAAGAUGUGGUAUGUUACCUAUAAAAGCCCCUUAUUUAACAUACAGUAUUUGCUGCUUGCAGUUAAAUACCAUUCAUACUGACAUAAAACAUUUUUUGCAGAAAAACUAGAUUUGUUUAUAAUCAAUUAUGGCUUUGCGCUUUUUCAGAAUUGAAUAUCCAACAGCAUUUUAGCAAGAGAAACUUGUGGAAGUAAUAAAUGAUUGAAAAAAAGGAAAAUAAAGAAGUCCAUGUAGCAGAAGCAAUGGCCAACAAUUUA